CCUGCACUACUUUCCAUGUGAUUGUUUAUUUAUUUACCGUACAGCAGUUUUGUCACCUAAAAUAACAUAUAUUCUCAUUUUCUUGAGGCUUGAGGUUGAAAUGAUUAUUUUGGAUCUCUAGAACUGCUCAGCUAGUAAUAAUGUUUGACAAGAAAACGAGUGUUAUGUCAGUGAGGAAAAUGAAUGUACAUAUGAGUGUCUAUGAAGAAACUUUAGACAGUAUCAUUCCUUUUUAUGAUGUGACAAACAGUUAAGUAAUGUGCCACGUAACUCACCAAACGAUGAUAUCUCUAAUGAGGCUUUGUAUGUAAUUUAGAUAAGUAUUGUUUGUUCCUGUACAACUUAGUGCCAGAAACUGCCUUAAUAUUAACUCUUAGUGAGCUUUACCCCCAGGAGAUACGGUAGCGGUUAACCAAAAUGAUAUUUAUAGUUGUAUUGUGUGGCCUUGGAUUGACUGCUGCACUACUUUUCAAUAGGAAUAAGAAGACACAUUCCUCUCCAAAAAGUUUGCAAUUUGAAAGACUUCAGAAAAGUUAUCUGACUGUAUAUUACUUAGCGACAUUUUCUGACUGGCUUCAAGGACCCUAUGUCUACAAGCUGUAUAGCGAUUAUGGCUAUAAAGAAGAGGAGAUUGCUUUUCUUUACAUAGCAGGAUUUGGAUCCAGCUCUAUUUUUGGAGCUCUCAUCGGUCAUAUUGCAGACAAAUAUGGCAGAAAAAAACUGUGCAUGUCAUUUGGAUUUUUUUAUAGUAUCUGUAACCUAACUAAAAUUUUCUCAAACUUUUACAUUCUUUUGUUGGGUCGAGUUUUCGGUGGGAUUUCCACUUCCAUUCUCUUCUCUACAUUUGAAGCUUGGUACAUCAACGAGCACAUCAACCAUCACAAUCUGCCCCCUGAGUGGCUCAAUAACACUUUUAGUAAGGCAGGUUCCGUUACCGGAUUUCUCGCCAUCGUAGCAGGCAUUCUGUCACAGAUUUGUGCUGAAACUCUUGGUUUUGGCCCUGUGUCCCCAUUUUUGUUAGCCAUCCCAUUUCUGUUUACCUCCAGCUAUCUCAUAGCCAAGAAUUGGAAGGAACAUUCGUACGCCAACAAUUGCAGUCACCAAAGUUGUAUCGCUCCGUUGUAUCAUAUAUUCGUGAAAGACCCUAUUCUUUUAGUUUUAGGCUUGAUUCAGUCCCUGUUUGAAUCUGUCAUGUAUACAUUUAUUUUUUCAUGGACACCCAUUAUUUCUGAUUUGAAUCCUCCCUUGGGAAUAGUAUUUGCUAGUUUUAUGCUAGCUUUCAUGAUCGGAUCUAAAGUGUACAGUAUGUCGCUUUCAGAUACACGCCAGCCUCAGUACAUUUUAGUGCUUACUUCUAGUUUCUCAUUUGCUAACCUCUGUAUAGUAUCUCUGGUGAUCACUUACUCUUUGUAUUCUACACAAAUCAGCACAGACUCUAGAUUAAUUCUUACUCAGGUCUGCUUUGUUUGCUUUAUUUUGUAUGAGUUUAGUGUCGGCCUUUAUGUUCCUGUCAUCAGCUAUCUCAAAAGUAGAGUGAUUCCUGAAGAACACCGUGCGAGCAUCGCCAACUGGUUUCGAGUGCCGAUGAACAUUUUCACAUGUAUCAGUUUGACUUUGAAUCAGUUUAGUGAUAAUGAUGUUACUGACAUGUCAAAAUCUAUUGUUAUUUUUAAAAAGUUUCAUUUGAUUUACAUUCUGAGUUCUGUAUUUUUAUUGAUCACUACUCUAGCUUGUGUGGUUUUCAAUAGAAAAUACACUCGGAAGCUUUGUUGGGAGGAAUCAUUUAAUGAACCUUCAGAUACUUUGAGAGAUAUUGAACUUGCCAAAGACAAACUUUAAAGUUAUAUUUCAAAAGGUGUAAUUUUGUGAAUCUUCUUUUGGGACUUUGUACUAUUGUAGGUUGUAUAAAUGUGAUAACAACACACAAUGUUAAUAAUAUUGCAGAGUUUAUAUUUGUUAUGUAUUCAUAUAGUGCAGUUUGUUAAUAUUUAACAGCUUAGCUGAUGACUGAUACUUGGUGUGGUAAAAUAUGUCUUUUGUACUUGCUAUACAUCAUGCUACAAGUAGCAAGUUACCUAUGCUACACCCAUACCUUGGGUUAUUUUAAAGUACAAUAAGUUUGAGUUCUAUGUGAUCACUUUUCCUCAAGACCUUUAUAGACAAUGCACCUAUCCAUAACAUUUUACUUGCUCUCCUUUCUAAUUUCAAGCUUAACGUUU